CAUUAACAUUUUAAGCUGUUUUUCAACACGUGGUUGGAAGCUAAUCUUCGUAAUGAGUGAAGAGCUCCUCGUAUCCCUGCUAAUGUCAAAGCACCGUAGAUUUUUCUGAAAACUGUCCAUCAUCGAAAUAAACCGCAAUAAUAAGUCAUUCUUGAAAUGGACAUACAGUUAUUUAUACUAUGCCUGAGCCUAUAUUUUUGACAGCACUCAUAGAAUUGCUUUCUGUCAGAGUGCUUCGUUCUUAUAACAUCUAUAUCGUUAAUUGUUACUGGCAGGCUGACAGUCUGCUGUAAGGCUUGCAGUCAUUCAGAUCAAUUAAGUUGGCAUAACAACACUUGCCUAUGGCUAUACAAUAAGCAAUACUAUGUGUCCACUAGCUUUGGAUGGAUGUCGAAAUUGGAUGAUCAAGCAGAAUGCCAUUACUUUGUAAACGAUUGCUCUUCAUAGGGAUAUGGUAACUAGUCCUGUGGUGUAAGGAUUCUUCUUUUAACCUUGAAGUAUAUUUUAAAAAUUACCUAAAACAUUUAAGGAUGACACGUCAAAGCAACUGUCGAUAAGACUGAGUACGAAUUCGCAAAGUACACGAUAAGUUGCUCGCGUGAUCAUGGCCGAUUUUCAAGGAUGCAGGCCUGAUGCAAACUGAAGAGCAAAUAGUCGAAAAAGCAAGUAGAGUGCAGUUUCUUGCGGGGAAAGAAGAGUGACUGAGAUUCCCUUAGCUAUGGAAUACUAAAAGGAGGUGAUAAAAGCGAAUGGCUUCUGACAGUUGAAUAAUUAUCGAAAUUGAAUCGGACUUGAAAAGUGCGACAAAAAGUUGCAUCGAAGCCACCUUGACGGAUUUCCUUUAUUAUUCCUAUUGACUCACAAGGCAUGAUGCGCUACAGCGUCCAUCGAUAAGAUUGAGCAAUUUUCGCAGGGUUCUCGAAAUGGCUGUGACACCCUGUCCUGUAUUCAAGGAUAAAGGCCUUAUGCAACCUUUGUAGAGGAAAAGUAAAAAGCAAGUAAAGUACGGUUGCUUAUGGAGGAGGUUUAGAAGUGACUAGCUUCACUUUAAUGAUGCAAGAGCGGAGUCGAUAAAAGCCAACGUUCACGGACGGCUGAAAAAUCAUUCACUGUUUGACUCUGGCUGCGAGAAGUACGCAAGACGUUGCUCGUUAGCACUAUUGUCAGCAUUAGCCGGGAAGGAAAUUGCAUUGGAAACAGUUAUGAAAACCCGCAAGAAUUUACCGCCAUUCAAGAAUUGGCAAAAAGUGGCUCCUCAAAUUGUUUGUGCGACAUCGGCAUCGUGGGCCAUGCUUUGUACAGGUCUCGUUCGCGGAUGGAGCUCGUCAGCUAUCCCACAACUGACGGCGCAGAAUAAUGAAACAUUGUACCUCGAACAAGAAGAAGCUGCUUGGAUAACUUCAUUGCCACCACUGUGCGCCAUUUUUGGAAGCUUGCUGAUUGCAUUUCCUAUGGAAAUGUAUGGUCGUCGGAUGACACUUGCUACCAUCUCAAUACCCUAUAUCCUUGGAUUUUACCUUAUGGGAUUGUCCUAUUAUGUGAAGUCGACAUCGCUUCUCUUCAUUGGUCGUGUUAUCACUGGCUUAUUAACUGGAGCUUCAACGCCUACUUCACAGAUUUAUGUGAGUGAAUGCUCCUCACCGAGGAUAAGGGGAGCUCUGGGUUCUUUUACGGCCACAUUUCUUUCAUUGGGUAUUGUGAUCGCCUACAUCGUCGGAGCCUUUGUCGAGUGGCAAACUCUCUGUUUUCUAAUAGGAUCACUGCCAAUCGUCUUGGGUCUAGCCAUGCUUUUCAUGCCAGAGACACCCUCCUGGCUUGUUGCCCACAACCAGGAACCACAGGCCAAGGUCGCGCUUCAGAAACUACGCGGAAAGUAUACUGACAUUGAACCAGAAUUGCAGCGCAUGAAAACCAAUGGUAACUCACAGAUGUUAGAUGUUAGCUACGCCAACAUAAUGACAAGCAGCCACUUGAUGAAGCCGCUGUUCAUCUCGAUGGCGCUAAUGUUCUUCCAACAGUUUAGUGGCAUUAAUGCCAUUGUCUUUUAUUCGGCCAGCAUUUUUCAGGAAGCUGGUAGUAGCGUGGACCGAUUUAUGUCCAGCAUUAUGAUUGGCAUUGUGCAAUUAGUUUUCACCAUGAUAUCAGCCCUAUUGGUGGACCGAUCUGGACGUCGAUUGUUAUUGAUGAUUUCUGGAACUUUUAUGGCAAUUUCACUCAUUGGACUGAGUGUUUUUGUUUAUCUGAAAAACGCAUGGGAAGAGAUAACUGUCGUCGAUGAAAGUAACUCGUCAGGGUCGUUUGUCAUCUCGGAGUUGGGUUGGCUCCCUUUACUUUGCCUCGUGUCUUUCAUCAUUGCAUACUCUAUUGGUUUCGGCGCUGUACCUCAGCUAAUAAUGGGCGAACUGUUUCCACUGGAAUACCGUCAUCGAUUGGGUACCAUCUCUGCAUCAUUCGGUCUGAGCUGCACAUUCAUAGUAGUACGAACUUUUCCUGAGAUGGCAGCGACGAUGGGAAUCGGCAGUGUCUACGGUCUCUAUGCAGCUUGUUGUCUGACAGCUGUUUUGUUUGUUGCAUUUUGUUUGCCAGAAACUAAAGGCAAGACAUUGGAAGAAAUCAACCGAUUUUUUGGUCAUCCAUUAAAAGAUACAGCAAGUCAAACUUGCUCGCCUCUACCUGAAAAAUCCAUCCCAGUCUUCGAAUAAUUGUUAAGAAUUAUAUUAGUUACAUUCUUACAAAGUUUUAGCUCUUUUUUCUAGUAAUAGAAUUUUAAAAAUUACGUUAUUUGUUUUGCAAUUGUAACUUCACAUGUCUUCGUUGCUAUGAUGCUUUUACGUGAUGUUAUGGUCAUUGGUUAUCAAUGUGAAUAAACAAGAUCGCUGCUUAUAA